CCCCCCUCCCCCGCCCUCUCCACCAUGUCUUCCAAGUCCGAUCGCGAGCUCGCCGAGCAGGAGGCCAUCCCCGGCGAGCAGGCCUACAACAACGAGGACACUGCCCACCUGAACUCCUCGGUCAAGAACUUCAUGACCUCCGGCGAGUCGGAUGUCACCAAGCUGAAGGCCCCGGUCUGGAUCAACGAGGGCGACUCCAUGAUCAGCCGUAACCUCUCGCAGGUGUACACCGACCACUUCCUUGACAUCCCCCUCGGCUCGACCCCGGAGGAGCGUCUCCUCCGUGCCAUGCGCUUCUUCUUCUCCCACUUCUCGGUGAACCUCCUGACCAAGAAGAAGCCCUUCAAUCCGAUCACCGGUGAGUUCUUCCGCGGCUCCUACUCCCCCGGCGAGAACUCCCCCCACAAGGGCCGCAAGAUUGUUUCCUACUCCGAGCUGAUCAACCAUCGCCCGAUUGUGAUCGGCUUCCACAUGGAGGACGUCCCCACCGAGGAGGGCGGCCAGCCCACCGUCCAGUACUACGGUGCCAUCGAGAUCCAGGCCGGCUUCUCCGGCAUGACCAUCCGCGUCAAGGUCCUCGGCGACUGCUUCAUCCGCCUCCCCCAGCACAACGAGACCUACCGCUUCAACCUGCCGCUGUCGGUCCUGCGCGGCCUGCUGGUGGGCAAGUCCUUCAUGGACAUGAAUGGCGAGACCAAGUUCGAGUGCCUGGAGACCGGCCUGUCGGCGUCCAUCAACUUCAAGGAGAAGCCCUGGUUCUUCGGCCAGUACCGGAACAUCAGCGCCACCGUGCGCAACGCCAAGGACAAGAAGAUCUACAAGCUCGACGGCAACUGGGGCAAGUCCAUUGACCUGGAGAACCUGGAGACCGGUGAGAAGGUGCCGAACUUCUUCCUGCGCGAUGUGGCCCUGGAGAUCCCGGUGACCAUGGCCCCGGUGGAGGAGAUGGAGGAGCUCGAGUCCGUCCGCCUGUGGGAGCCGGUGGUCACCCCGCUGCGCGCCGGCGACAACCCGGCCGCCGAGCGGGCCAAGGAUGCUCUGGAGCACCUGCAGCGCGUCCUCCUCAAGGAGGUGGAUGAGAACCGCUACACCUACGAGCCGAUCCUCUUUGCCCCGGGCCCGGAGGAGGAAAUCAAGAAGAGCACCGCCCCGACCUUCGUCCUGCGCCCGGACCAUGCGUCCCGCGUCUCGCGCUCCUGGCUGCCUGACAUGGUGAAGAUUGCGUCCGCCGCCAAGAAGUAAUCCGUGUUUCUUCUUCCCCUGGUCUGUCUCUCUCUCUCUCUCUCUCGC